GGGGGAUUCCGCGGGUCGAGACGCUAUGGCGAUGACGCGGAGGCGGCGCGCGAUGCUGGAGAAAGACGUUACUGCCCCCGAGCCGCCCGCGGGCGCCGCCGCCUCCUCCGAGGAGGACGAGGCGCCCGAGGAGGUGACCUUCGAGCGGGCGAGAGCCGCGGCGGAGACCGAGCGGAGACGCGCCGGGGAGACAGCGCGGAGGGACAAGGAGCUGCUGAAGGAGAAGCGGCGGCGGCGAGAGGAAUUGUUCAAAGAGCAGAAGAAAAGAAAAUUACUUCCUGAAAAUGUUCUAGAGGAGUUAACUUCAGGACCACAGAUUAACAACAAUAAUCUGUCUGACACAACUAAACAAGGUGAAAAUCAAGAUGAGUCUGAAAAUAAGAAUGAAGGAUGUAACAGGGGACAGGACCAUGAAGGAGGAAAACAGGUUGUUAGAUUGAAAGGAAGCUAUAUGGCCGUGCGUUUAAAAGACCACGAUCUAACCAGCCAGCACCAAAAAAUGGCCAAAGACUUCGUACAGAGUCACCUAUAUGGACCAGGCACCAACCGAACAACUGCAAACCAAUUCUUUUCUUUUGCAAACAAGAAGAGUCCAGUUAAAAAAGCUGCAGUUCAGUUUGUGAACAAAUCUUGGGGGACAGAGAAAAAACAGAAAGCUAAGCAGUUUAAAAAACACUGGAUGUCUAUGAAGAUGGUGUCUUCUGUAUGAAGGGGAAAAAAGCCCUCUAAGAUGGACACUAAGGAAAAUGCUGGCUUGCUCUCAAUUUUUUUUGCUGGUCUGUAAAGCUCGUAUGUUUCGCUUUAUUUUUAGGAUAUUACCUGUACAGUACUAUAAAUUACUGGUAUAACUGCUUUAAAAUGGGUUUGUGAUCAAGUGGCUGUCUUUUGCAAAGACAUCACUGAGUAAAGUUUUAUGCACUAGCUUUUAAAAUAUGGCCAGGAGCCACCUUAUUUGUCCAGAGGUGUUUUUGUAGGCUCUGAAUGGUAUAUUUUUAAGUUAAUCCACAGACUAUCACUUUUUUAGUUCUUCACUGUUUAACCUUCAGUAACUUUGUAGGUUUUUUCCACAUUAAAUACCAUUACUUCUCUUAAA